GAUGCCCAUAGAACUGGGGCUGCUGCUGUAAGAGCAGAGGGGAGAGAGGGCAGCAGGGCAUGGGUCCGGCUUCCGCUGGACACCAGAGAAGACAUGCUUGGGAUCCAUCCGAGUUGCGUAGCAAAAGGGAUGAUAAUUUUUUGAAAAAUGGAUUUCUGCCUGUCCAUCAUUAAGUUUUGGAGAUCCGGUCAAAUCUCUUCUUGGAAGAGAAGAGUUGGAGAGAAGAGCCACUAGGGCCUACCUCAGGCAACGGCAGCCAUGGGAGAGUGGGGGUUCUUGAGCUCUCUUCUGGAUGCGGUCCAGGAACAUUCGCCGAUGGUCGGACGCUUCUGGCUGGUGGUGAUGCUCAUCUUCCGCAUCCUGAUCCUGGCCACCGUGGGCAGCGACGUCUUUGAUGAUGAGCAGGAAGAAUUCGACUGCAAUACGCGGCAGGUGGGGUGCAAGCAGAUUUGCUAUGACCUGGCUUUCCCCAUCUCCCACUACCGCUUCUGGGUCUUCCACAUUGUGGUUCUCUCCGCCCCAGCCGUCCUCUUCGUUAUCUAUUCCAUGCACCAAACCACAAAGAUCAACCAGAGUCAGGAAGACGUUGAGGAGGAGGGAAGUAACAAGGCCGGGCCGAAGAGCCGAUCACACUUCACGCUCCAACCCAGUCAACGCACCCGCAACAUCCAGAUCUUUUACAUUGUCAACGUUGUGGUAAGGAUCAUGGCCGAGAUCGGUUUCCUUAUAGGGCAGUGGAUGCUGUACGGCUUCCGUGUGGGAUAUCAGUACAUCUGUAAACACCCUAUGUGCCCUCACCUGAUCGACUGCUUUGUCUCUCGCCCCACCGAGAAGACCAUCUUCAUCCAGUUCUACUUCAUGGUGGGGCUGGUUUCAGCGUUGCUCAGCCUGGUGGAGCUGGCACAUCUCUUGUUGAAAGACCGAUGCAGGCGUCGCCGUACCAUCGCCCCUCCUGCUCCUGCCUCUUACGAACAGCAGGACAAUUGGUCCAAUCAGAAACACGAGAAAUCUCAGCACUUUCUUGGCACCACUGGUGAUGGGACCAACAGAGCACCAGCUCCUGAUGGGCUUGUGAACUGUUAUGAGCCCCCAGCCCACUUACAUCACAAAAACUCCACUAAGAGCAGCAGGUCGUCUCGCUGUUCUGCCAGAGCCGACUUGACAGUGUAAGAAA